UAUGAGUGUACACAAAUAAAAUUAGACCCUCUACAGAUUCGAAUGUAGAAUUGCUCUUAUUUGUACGAUCUAAAAACACAGUCAUUUAAGUUAUUUUUCGGCGUUAUGAGGAACAAAUGACAAAACGCGCCGAGGAGUUUGUCGACCCCAGAAGGUUGUCUGCUCUAAAUCUCAACCUAAAUCUCAGUGAAUACUUCCCUCACGGACAUGAAACACCCCCCUCCAUCUUCGCUGUAUGAAACCUGAACCCAGAUCAACUAUACCUGAUCAAUACAGUGCAGCUGCUUAAGAAGUCCAGCAGUGACUCUUUUUUUUUAAAAGGGGUAAAUAUUAACCAGAGCCUCCUCGACCUGCCCUGAGAGCUCAGGCUUUGAGGAAGCACAGCGUGAAAUGUGAACACCAGAGCCAUGAAGGAGCAGAAUUUUAAGAUGCCACUGGAUGUCAAGCUCAGUGUUUACUUCUGUCUCGUUAUCGUUUCGUCACUCGCUCAUUCGCUGUACGGUGCAGUCGGAUCGACAGAAGACACCGAUCGGGUCACGCCUACAGAGGAGCUUUUAGAGGAGGCUUUCGAAGAGCAAGGCUACUACCUUCAGCGUCUCUUCUUGGAGUACGGCAGAAACGGAACUCUGACCUAUGAAGGUCUGCAGAACUUACUGGGCAGCCUGGGAUUGGGCGAGGUCAGCGUCCUGGAGAUCAAACACGGCGUGGUCAAGCAUUCCUUUCCGGGUUUGGCUCAUAUUCACCAGCACUUGAAAGAAGACCAUCAUCAUCACCCUGUUCCUCAUCAGCCUUCGAGCACAGCAGCAUUCAACAAACUCUCUGAGCUGGAGACCAACCGAGCAAAACCAACGACAACCGCACCCGCUGUCAAAGCGGUGAUGCCUCGAUCUCCACAUCUGGAAGCUGAUUUACAACCUACUGCUUCUCUUGCUGGCGAAAAACCUUCUCACUUGUCUGAUCAUCCGACAAAGAACCACCUCCAUGAGAACUGUCUGAACGUCACGCAGCUGCUGUGGAACUUCGGUUUGGAUCGAGCGUCUCACAUCACCCCGGCUCACUUCACCUUCCUCUGUCCUGCCCUGCUGUAUCAGAUAGACAGCGGCGUGUGUCUUCGCCACACAGAUCUCCACAAAGAGGAAGAUGGAAAUAGCGUGGCUUUUCUUAAAGCUCUGGGUUGGGCUUCUGUGGCACUGCUUGUAAUCAGUAUGCCAUCCCUCAUGGCCCUCGGAAUGACUCCCCUGAUACCAGCUGCAGCCCUCCGGACCUUCCUGUGCCCCAUGGCGGCCAUGGCAGUGGGCACUCUGUGUGGAGACGCUCUGCUGCACCUAAUGCCUCAUGCGAACUCAGGGCCGCACAUGGAUCACCACGAUGCAGUGUUAAAGGGACUAAGUGUACUCGGUGGUCUCUACUUGCUCUUUGUUUUUGAGAGUGUGCUUGGUCUCAGGCACAGCUAUAAGAAAUCAAAGAAAAGAAAGCAGCAUUUAACAGAGGGCCGAGAGAUGGAGGCGCUGGAGGGUUCCUCGGCUCCUGAGCACUCCGGAAUCCCAGAGUCAGGUCACGGUCAUUCCCACACACCGCCAAAUCGAAGCUUGUCAGACCUCAGGACUAUCGCUUGGAUGGUCGUCAUGGGAGACGGAAUCCACAACCUUACUGAUGGACUAGCGAUUGGUGUGGCGUUUUCUCAGAGCCUGACUGGAGGACUCAGUACCACUAUCGCUGUCUUCUGCCAUGAGCUUCCUCAUGAGCUGGGUGAUCUGGCCGUGUUGCUGGCAGCAGGUUGGCCUGUUCGCAGACUGGCGCUCUUCAGCUUGCUCUCGGCCUUGCUGGGGUACAUUGGCGUUCUGACCGGGACUGUAUUAGGACACCACUGGGCACAGCACUCACCCUGGAUCCUCACCCUCACCGCCGGCGUUUUCCUUUACAUCGCCCUGACCGACAUGAUGCCCGAGAUGCUGCAUGGAGAUCAGGGAUCAGCGAGUCCUCUCGGCCGUUUCCUCCUGCAGGGCAUCGGCUUACUUGCAGGAGGCGCCAUCAUGCUGUGCAUCGCUCUCUUCGAGGAGAACCUAAGCGUUAACUUGGGGGACGGAUGAAAGACAGGAGGGUGUGGAAUCGUGACGCAGCAGUGAACCUCGUUAACCCGGAAGUAUGUCUGAUGGCUCCUUAAAUGUGCUUUAAGAGCUGAAAACACAGUACAGGAAGGAGAGCAGCUGCUUCAGAAAGACUGGCCUGGCUUUCUGUUUACUGAUUGGACUAAUUUUUGGAGUUUUUAUUUGAUAUACAGAUAAACCUGUGGGAAUUUUUUACUUCAGGACUUAAGAUCUAAUCAUGAUGAAUUCAAUCAGUCGUUUAUUAGUAAGUGAUAUUGACUAUUCUUUGUAUUUCUUUUGUAACAGAUUCUACAUUUUAUCACUGUAUAUUACAAUCAAUCUGAUACAUGAUUGUUUUGUUAAGCAAAUUUUUUUAAAUGGAAUUAAGUGGUAUGGCUCACGCUGACAGGACCCUUCAUUUGGGCAUCUUAUGUUCAUAAUUCACACACACACACACACACACACACACACACACACAAUACAUCUCAUCUCACAUUUCAGCAACCAUUUUACUAUCUUCUCAAGGGACAAUACUAAACAAAACUGGGAUAUGUUUAGAGUAGUUCAAGUGCAGUUUGUAUAUCAGUCCUGUCCUGUUUAUCAUGGUUUUGUCUGCUUGCCACUGGAUUUUCACAGUGGUACCUCAUGGUAAAGACUCUCUGAGUAUCUUAGACUUGUUGCUCUACACAAACAUGGCCCAAGCUAUAAGUUCAUCAGUAACUGAGUUACAGUAAAGGGUCAUACAGGGGUUUUUCCAAGACUGGUUCCACUGCAACAAGUUGUUUAACAUGGCCUUAAUCCCAGAAAGAGCCUCUUCAGUUGGCUGAAGAACAACCUGUCCAAGAGCAUGAAUUACUGGAACCAUGUCCUGUGGUCUGAUGAGAAGAUAAAAUGGUUUGGUUUAGAUAGCGUCCAGCAUGCGUGAUUACACCCUGCUGAGGAUGACCAAGAAAAUUGUCUUGCCUACAGUGAAGCAUGGUGGUGGCAGCAUCAUGGUCUGGGGCUGCAGGAGUGCUGCUGGUACUGGGGAGAUUCGGUUCAUUGAGGGAAGCAUGGAUUCCAACAUGUAUUGUGACAUUCUGAAGCAGAACAUAAUGCCCUCGCUUCAGAAACUGUCCCGAACAGCAUUUUUUUAACCAAAAUCCAAAAAUACACCUCUGAGAUGACAACUGGCCUGCUGAGGAAGCUGAAGGUGAUGAAGUGGUCAAGUACGUCUCCGGACCUGAACUCUAUUGAACACCUGUGGGACGUCCUCAAGCGGAAGGUGGAGAAGCGCCACGUGUCUAACAUUCAGAGUGUUUACACAAAAUAUUCACACUGUUACCAGUUGUUUUGACAAUAAAGGCUGUAUGUUGAGUUCUUUUCAGAAAACAGUAAAUCUGUACUGCUAUUCAAGCUGCACAUUAGCUAUAAAAUAUAUGCAAGUUUCAUUUCUAUUGUCCUUUGAGAACAUAACACGGUCACUGAAAGGCGAGGGGGUGCGCUCACUUUCGUGAGAUACUGUAUUUCACCCUCAUGGACAAAAGCAGAAUUACAGCUGUAGCAAAUCAAAACAAAUGCUGUAGCAACAGCGCCCCUUAGCCACCAAACACAGAAAAAACAAAACAAAACACAAACAUUGUUUAUUUAGCAAUAGCACUUUAUUUCAAACAUAACCAAUCCUAAGCCACAAUACUGAAUGACGAGACCUACUGGCUGCAGCAUAUUAUGAAACUGGCAAACAAACAAAAAAUAUAUAAAAUAAAAACAAACCAAAAAAAAAAAAGAAAGAAAAGAAAAACACACUACAGGAUUUUCUUUUUUCCGUACUUUAAAGUCAGAGAGACUGAGUUCCUAUAAUACCAAAUUCAAAACAAUGAUAAAUGUUCCUUCUUAGUUAAAUACAUGGUACAGAUGUUCACAUCUGUUAGUAACAAUUAACCAUUUACAAGCUCGUACUAGGAAUUAACAAGGCAAAGUGCUUUCAGGAUUGCAUCGUCACACAAAGACAUGAAUGGCUUGAGGUGUUUUCUUUUGUUGUUUUUUUUUUUUAAUAUAGAGGGUCAGGGCACAGCUGGGGGUGUGAGAGGGUGUGAAGCGGGAGGGGGUUUCUUCCGUAACGACUCGUACUUUGAGGACACUACUAAACUGACGGUGGCUACAGAGGUCUAAAGGCUAAAAUGGUUCAAUUAGAUUUUGGAACGGUGUAAGGCACGGGGGACUGGACGUACCCCCGUUAGUAACGUCGACCAUAUAUUUUUUACAACCCCAACACCCCCU